AUGGACGUCGUGAGCGCUGCGCCACGUCAGGAGCAGACGGCGGAAGAGGAAGCGGCGGCGGCGCAGCGGGCGGAGAAGCGCGUUGAGGAGCCGCCGCCGCGUGCCGAGGAGUCUGCUGCAGCGCGUAGACGAGUUGUGGCUGUUGCUACGGGUCCGGAGGAAGAGGCGCAGGACGACACGGAGCCGAGAGGCGGGCGAGAGGCGGACGAGGCGAUAGAGACGAGGCCGGAGGCUCUGGAGACGGUGGCGACAGCUGCCGAGACGGACGCGAGCAGAGAGACUGGCGCUGGGCGGCACGAGCGCGUGGCGAAGGCGGAUGGGACAACUGCAGGUGAAACAGAGGCAAAAAAGGACUUGAAACGCGAUGCGGACGAAUGUGGAGGGUCGAGGGAAGCACUUGGUGGAGCACGAGGUGUGAAGAAGGAAGUGGAGGCAACAGGAGCUGAUGGGUCGCGGCAAGAAGCUGGAGACGAGGAGCAGCAGAUGAAGGACGAGGCAGAUAAGGGUGGAGCGCUGCGGGCACGCAAGAGGGACGAGCAGCAGACACACGAGAGGGACAAGCCGCAGACGCACAAGAGUGAAGAGUCGCAGACGCACAAGAGUGAAGAGCCGCAGACGCACAAGAGUGAAAAGCAGCUGGCGCACAAGAGUGAAAAGCAGCUGGCGCACAAGAGUGAGGAGCCGACGGACGUUGUCUCAGCUGGAAGACCGAGGGACUAUGAGACAGGUGCUAUUGCUGCAAUGCAGCAACUGAGAGACGAGCAGCAGUGUACUGGUGACAUGCCACUGAGUGUUGACACACAGGCACAGACGCAGCCAAAUGGCAGUCGCGAGAUGCACUUUCCGUAUGCUCCAUCGACCUUCUUGGCCUCGUCACCGACGCCUAUUCGGCCGCUGGGUGGCGAUCCACGUGCAGUAAAACCACAGUCGCAGCCGCAUGAACGUAGUGUGGCUAACAACCAUACUGCGCCAAGCAGCGCAAGUGGCGCGUCUUCUUUUGAUGUGCGAAACGAUACUACCAGUGUCCGCACCAGUUCUUCGAGUAGUGGCGCGGUGUCGCAGUCUCAAAUGUUCUACCACCAGACCAAUGCGCCGUCGUUUUACACUGCGCCACAGGACGGCCCGGCAGUCGGACCUGCACGGAUGGAGCAAGGACAAUCGAGUACAUUGACCACAAAUACCCCGAGCAACUCGAGUUGGAACAUGCCAGUCGCGCAAGAAACCCCGACGACAAAAAGUCCACCUGCCAGGCCAAAUCGCCAAGGCAGCAGUGAUCCGGGAUUGAAUCCUGCCGCGUUUGCUGCUAAUUCUCUCGUGCCUCAGCGCUUGGAUGAGAUCUCAUAUGCACUGGAUCGUGCAAGACUGACUCGGCUGGGUGCAUACGCAAAAAACGUGUCCACCCCGGCUCAGGCCGGUGCUCUUGCUGUAGACGUACUACGCGCAUCACUAGGCGCAGAAAAGACGAGAGCUCACGGAUGGAAGAAUCCGUUUCCCGGCGACGAGUAUGAAGUCCUGCUUCAAAAAGGAUCGAUUGGACUGUGUAUGAACAUGAGUGUCCGCUUGGGCUCCGUCACGGUGACGAGCUUUCGCCGUCCAGAGGAAACAAUGAUGGGACCAGCUGAAGCUUCCGGUAUGAUAGCGAUCGGCGAUGAUUUGAUUGCAGUGGACGGCUUUCUCGUUCAAUCCCAGGCAGACUUUGCACGGGUCGUAUCACGUCUGAAGUCGCUGCGUCCAGUGUUAUUGCGAUUCCGACGGCCUGGUGGUAUUGGUUUGGUGAGUAGCCGUUAUCAUGAUAACCCGUAUUACCGCAAAGGGCAACAGACGUCGGCGGUUGGGUUGGACAAUUUGCAACUAUUUACGACUGGGAUGUGGCAUAUGGGUGUAAGGUAUAUUUCGCCUACGCAGUGGGCCGCAGAGUUGCAUGUGGAUGGCGGCGGUAUUCGACGACUAGGCGUAUUUUCUACCGAAAAGGAAGCAGCAAUGACGUACAAUCAGUACAUCCACCAAACGUACGGCAAUGGAGCUGUCCAGUUCAUGAACCCUGCAGGCAACGGUGCAAACUCGAGUAUUCCCGUUACGACCUCGAAUGUUCGCGACAUGCAGCCAGUGCAGCGUCGACGGCCGCCCCUUCGCGCUGCCUUUACAGUGGAGCAAAAGGAGCAAUUGCGUGCACAGAUUAUGGUAUUCAAGUUUACAUCGACCGGGGGCAACAUACCGAACGAGAUUUUGAGCCGCGCGUUGAAGACAAUGGCUUUGAAUUACAUUCAGCCUAAUGCGAGCAGGAGCAAAAAGAAGAGCUUUGCAUCAGGUGCUUCUGGAAAGCCAGCUAAAAAGAAGAAAGUCAAACGAGGUCGCGGGAAGAAGAAGUUUUCAGACGAGGAUGAAGAUGAAAGCGAAUCCGACAAUGGCAUCUCAGCUUCGAAGGUGUUGAAGGAUGAACAACCUGCGCGUCGAUCAGGGCGUAAUGCCGGCAAAGCAAAGAAGAAAUAUGUGGAAGAAAAGCUCAACUUCGAGCUGAGCGACGAAGAAAAGUCCGCGAAACCCGAGCAGAAGAAAGCGUCGAGGGGCCCACAGAUCGAUACAAUUGUUAGCGUACGAUUCCAUAGACAGAACCGGAACGAUAGUGAAGUGUCCAUGGAAUUUCUGAUCAAGUGGAAGGACACGUCGUAUCUCCACGUUAACUGGCUCUCUGUAAGAGAAAUCGAGGAGUUUGGCCAGCACGCCAUCCAGCGCAUGAAACGUUUCCUUCAGAAGAACAGUCGCUUGGUAGAGGAAGCACGAGAGACGGUCGUUGUUGGCGACGAGAAGGAUCUUAGCAAUUAUUUCAGCGUCUCGUUCAUCGAAGUGGACCGUGUGUUGAACGCAAAGGAGGUUGAGGAGUCCGAGGAGGCAAACCCGUACCUUGUUCAUCGCAUGGAAAAAGAUGCUAGCGAAUUUGGAGACCGACCAAAGGUGCCGAAGAAGAGAGGUGUCAAGUAUCUUGUGAAGUGGCGCGACAUGAGCUAUGUCGAUAGCACGUGGGAAUGGGAAGACGAGAUCACAGAUGACCGUAAAAUUGCUGCUUACCAUCGAUUUAAUCACCCCCCUGUUAUCAAUGGUGCUCACCCUGCAACAUAUGCAGAUAUUCGACCAGAGCCGUCAACGUGGGCGAAGUACCAAGAAUCUCCGGCAUACAAUAACCAGAACACGUUGCGGUCUUACCAGCUCGAAGGUCUGAACUGGCUAACCUUUUGCUGGUACAACCGUCGCAAUUGCAUUCUCGCGGAUGAAAUGGGUCUAGGUAAGACCGUUCAAGCCACUUCGAUCCUAGAGCAUUUGCGUCAGCAGGAGUUUAUCCGAGGUCCGUUUCUGGUUGUUGCUCCGCUUGCAACAUUGGGAAACUGGAAGCGAGAGAUUGAAACAUGGACUUCUAUGAACUGCGUGGUGUACCACGACUCGGAAGGAGGUUCUGAUAUUCGCGGUUUUAUCCGUGAACAAGAGUUCUAUUAUGCGAGUGAAGCUCACCGCAAGCGAGGUAUUUACAAGUUCAACGUUUUGGUUACGUCAUACCAGACCCUCAUGAUGGAUGCAGAAUUCCUAGAGCCCAUCCAUUGGCGGUACAUUGUAAUCGAUGAAGCCCAUAAGCUGAAAAACCGCGAAGCGAAGUUGCUUCAGGUGCUUCAUGGCUUCACGUGGGAUUCAUGCCUGUUGAUGACAGGCACGCCACUGCAGAACGGCGUGUUCGAGCUCUGGUGUCUGCUGAACUUCAUCGAGCCUGAAAAAUUUCCGAGCCAGCAAGAGUUCUAUGAUGAGUUUGGUGAUCUAAAUACGGCUGAACAGGUUGCUCAAUUGCAUGAACAGUUGAGACCGUACAUGCUCCGACGAGUGAAAGAGGACGUGGAGAAGAGUAUUCCACCAAAAGAAGAGACGAUUGUAGAUGUGGAAUUGACAACGUUGCAGAAAAAAUAUUACCGUGCUAUAUUUGAACGCAACCGCCAGUUUUUGAACAUGGGAGCAUCUGGCACCGUUGCCAAUUUAGUCAACGUUGAGAUGGAGUUACGGAAAUGCUGCAAUCACCCGUUUUUGAUUCGAGGUGUCGAAGACAAGGAGUGUAUGGGCUUCGACGACCAACUUCGAAUGAAAGUGCUGAUACAAGCAAGCGGUAAGACUGUACUGCUCGACAAGCUGCUCACCAAGUUUCGACAGGAAAAGAAGAAGGUGCUCAUUUUUUCGCAGUUUAAGAUCAUGUUGGACAUUAUCGAAGACAUGUGCCAGUUACGAGGCUAUAGCAUGGAGCGUCUUGAUGGAUCUGUUCGCGGCAACUUGCGUCAAGCAGCAAUCGACCGUUUCAAUAGCCCGAAUUCCGACACAUUUGCCUUCCUCCUAAGUACUCGUGCAGGUGGGGUGGGUAUCAACCUUAUUGCGGCGUCGGUUGUGAUCUUAUUUGACAGUGAUUGGAACCCUCAAAAUGAUCUUCAAGCGGUGGCGCGCUGUCACCGCAUCGGCCAAACACAGUCAGUGAAUAUUUAUCGUCUAGUGACGAAAAAGACAUACGAAGCUCAGAUGUUUGAGAUUGCGUCAAAGAAGCUUGGAAUGCAUCACGCCGUGUUUGAGACCGGUGGGGUUCGCAACGAGUUUGAUGGUGAAGAUGACAGUAGUGGUAACAUGAUGUCAUUGAUGUCAUUGGACCGCGACAAGGUUGAGAUGAUGAUCAGGUACGGAGCUUAUGCUAUCAUGGGUGAAGACGACGAGCUGGAUCCCGAGAACCGUGCAAUCAACGAGCUGGAUAUCGACCACCUGCUGUCGAACAGUCGAACAAUCCGGUACGACCCUACAAAGAGUGGGGAGAAAGCUGACGGGAACGAUGGGACUAGUGGAGGUGACGACGGUAAUUCUAGAUCCGCGCCGGUUUCUCAGACCACCGCACUUUCGUUCUCGAAGGCAUCCUUCACGUCGGAAUCGGCAGACUCCACAAUCGACUUCAACGACGAGAAGUUCUGGGAGAAGGUUCUUGGCCCUAAGCCUGUGCAAGUGCUUAUGACGAAAGUUCAAGAAGGCUGGCUUAAAACGGCUUCACAAGAUGAUGUCAGAGCAUUUCUCUCGCAGCUGCGCGAAUUGGCUCGUGCAGUUGUCAAGGAGCGACAACGAGGCAAGUCAUUAGCAGACGCUGACCAAGUGCUCUCGAUCUUGAUUGAAUUGAAGGUCACUGGUCGCGUUAUUAAGGGAGUCGUGAACGUCCGAGAGGUUGCCACCGAGUGGCUACAGGUGAUUGAGCGUCCCAAACGUCGGCGUAGCCAAGACGUCGGGGGCGAGUUGAUGUAUAUUGAGUUCCUCGAUGGACCAAAAGAGCAGCCGCUGAAAGUAAAAAAAGGUGGUGCCCGUCGCAAGCGGAGUCCACAGGCCGAUAGAAAGAAAGACCGGAAGGGCCACAAGCGUAAGGGCGAGUUCGGUAAUGAUGAAAUUGGCCCACCGAAGCGCAAGAAAGCAGCCCGCCAAGCGUCCGGUAGUAAGAAUACGCGAGUUUCAUCACCCAGCGGUUGUGCAUUGAGCGGUAUUCGUAUUAAGCUGAAGGCGUCCAAAAGCAGCGGAAGCUACAGUCUUGUAAAAGUGGCAAGCAAGAUCCGAAAGGUACAGACGAAGCUCAGUAAAUCGUCAAGAGAGACGGACUUACCAUCUGCAUUCGUCAACAAUAAGCAUGCUGAUCAACUCCGACUGACCGUUGUUGGAGAUACGACCGAAGAACGUGCAAGCGGUUCCGAGGAGGAGCAAGAGGUACAAGAACAUAGGGAAGAGGAAGAGGAGGAAGAGGAAGAAGAGGAGGAAGAGGAGGAAGAAGAAGAAGAGGAAGAGGAAGAGGAAGAGGAGGAGGAAGAGGAGGAAGAAGAGGAGGAAGAAGAAGAUGCUUAUGAUGAAGAAGAGGAAGAGACGGCGAAGGAGGCUACCAGGAGUCGUCUGCAUAAACCCAAAGCAAAAGCUGGUGGCAAAUCUCGAAAAGCUGUUAGAGAAGACGUUGACCCGCAAGAGGACGAAGACAUGUGGUGCCGAGUAUGCUUCAGCGACCAAGGCUAUCUUGACGAUCCCAUCGUGCAGUGUGAGAAGUGUUCUGUCGCUGUUCAUCAGUACUGUUAUGGAAUCAAAUCAGUGCCUGAAGGGGACGAGCCAUGGUUCUGCGACUAUUGUGCUGAGCGGACGGAUUCUACUGCAGAUGCGCCGUGCGAGUUAUGUCCUCUAAAGCGCCCUAAAAGUGCGUUCAAAAAGACAUGCGAAGGCAAAUGGGUACAUGUGGUGUGCGCCCUGUGGGCGCCCGGUGUUCAAUUUUCGGAUGUGGAGCGCAUGAACGGAGUCAGAAACGUUGCAGCUGCUGUUGAGGAGAUGAAAAACACGACUUGCGCUUUGUGCGGGAAGAAAGGUGGCUGUAUCAAAUGCAUGCGAAGUUCAUGCUCGACGUACUUCCACCCGCAAUGUGGCCGUGAAUCGAGAGGGACUUACGAUAUGUUUAUGAAAGAAGGGGGACAACUGCAAGCAUUUUGCCAGAAGCACCGAACGCAUAGGAAGCGUAGUUAG